GAUCAGCCUUUUCCUUUGAAUUAUCGAAGAUUCACGAAUUCUCUUCUCGGUCCUAUAUAUACCUAAACAAGGCGUUGAAGGCUCAACGUAGCUCUCGCGCUAUCACACAGGCAUUCAUCCUCUGCCGCUGCACCAUGGCCGCCCAACAAACCCCCAAGCAGCGCCUCGCGCUCGCCAUCUGCGACUUCCUCUCCACCUCCACCACCGACGGCACCCUCACCGCCGAGGACAAGGACUCCAUCGACGUGGCCGUCAACUGCAUCGCCGAGUCCUUCAAGGUCGACCCCGCCGACGAUGCCGCCGUGAAGAGCGCCGUCGGGCCCCAGACCCUGCUCCAGGUCUUUAGCCAAUACGACGCCUCCAAUUCCUCCUCCUCCUCCUCAGCCAACGCCUCAACUCCCGCGGCAGCAGCAGCAUCCUCCGCCUCGACCGCGUCUCCCGCCGCCUCAGCCUCCGUCCCCGAACCCUCCGACGCCCAGAAGAAGGAGGCCGAGUCCCUCAAGUCAAAGGGCAACGCCGCCAUGGCCCAGAAGGACUACGCCUCCGCCAUCGACCUCUACACCCAGGCCCUCGCCCUGCACCCCUCCAACGCAGUCUUCCUCUCCAACCGCGCCGCCGCCCACUCCGCCGCCCGCGACCACGAAUCCGCCCGCGUCGACGCCGAGGCCGCCGUCGCCAUCGACCCCACCUACACCAAGGCCUGGUCCCGCCUGGGCCUCGCCCGCUUCGCCCUCGGCGACCCCAAGGGCUCCAUGGAGGCCUACCAGAAGGGCAUCGAGUACGAGGGCAACGGCGGCUCCGAGCCCAUGAAGAAGGGCUUCGAGACGGCCAAGCGCCGCGUCGACGAGGAGCAGCAGGCCCAGGACAACCUCGCCCGCUCUGGCCCCGGUGCCGGUGCCGGCGCCGGCGGCAUGCCCGACUUCAGCAACCUCGCUUCCAUGUUCGGCGGCGGCGGCGGCGGUGGUGCCGGUGGUGCUGGCGGCAUGCCCGACCUCAGCUCCAUCAUGAGCAACCCCAUGUUCGCCAGCAUGGCCCAGAACCUCAUGAGCAACCCCGACCUCAUGAACAACCUGAUGAGCAACCCUCGACUUCGUGACAUGGCCAGCCAGUUCAGCAACGGCGGUGGCAUGCCCGAUCUCAGCUCCAUAAUGUCCGACCCCAACAUUGCCGAUCUGGCCCGAAACAUGAUGGGCGGCGGCGGCGGCGGUGCUCCUGGCGGUGGUGCCCCUGGUGGCGGUGCUGGCCGGUAAAGAGAGACUGGCUUUCAUAUAGCAAAGGAGAAGAGUUUUGAGUACAAGGAGAGUGAAUGAGCCAGGGUCAUGCGUGUGUGGCAUCACAGCUGUAUGCCCAACAAACAAAAACAGAAACAAAAAGGCCGACGUCCUCGUUUAGAUAUUACUGAGUUACAGGCGCAAUGACCUCAGCGUAGUUAAUGAACUGUAAAUAUAGAGAGCUAAAUAGCGCCCUCAAUUCUCACUUUUGAUUGUCGUAACACUAUGGAGCUACCUAUUUAAUCUCUAUUUUUUUAAUUUCCACACCCAUGUACCAAACGCACACACUGAAAAAAAAAAUCUCUGAAGCCUCCGCUUGAUAAGAUUUUGCAUGCUCUCGUACUGCCCUUUCAUUAUUUCGUCCUCAAGUACGACGGAUUGUAAUUAUGCCGUAAGAGCCAUUCUUCGUUAUUAAAACAAAACGCCUCCCUAAUAAUGCACGUCGUAAGAUGGUCUAACCGUGCUAUAAGAUUAUCAUAUCAUAACAUCUAUGCAAACCAAGAUAAUGUUGCAUGAAUAGGCGCUUAUGCAGCUCCAAGAGCCCCCCCUUUAUUAUCUGUAUUUUCUCUCUUCGCCUGAUUUCUCAUUCUUGGGUGCUCCGAUGGGGCGAGGAUCCCUGCAAAACACGGCCUCGGUGGCCACGAAGAGACCCGGCC